AUGGACCAAUAUCCCAAAGCAUGUAGGAUCUGUGACCGAAGAUUCUCCAAUGGCAAAGCCUUGGGUGUUCACAUGAGAUUUCACUUUCCUAAUUUCUCCAUUCCACCUUCUUCUUCUUCUUCCAAUCCUCCUCUUUCUUCACUGACUUCCACCAAACAUGAACUUUCUACUGACUCCACCGAGUCUCCUGAGAACCCAUCUGGGAAAAGAUCUAAACAACUUCCCAAGUUCUCCUCCGACAUGGCGAUGAACGACUCACCAUCUGACUCGGUGAGCUCACCUUUCUCUAUGGAAGAUGCUGCCCUGUGUCUUCUAAUGCUUUCAAGGACUGAACGGACUGACAAUCCAAAACUAACCCAAGGUAACGAAAUAUCUGAUCAUGGUGCGGGUUUUGAUUACGAGAAGGAUGAAGAAGACGGUGAGUUCUUUACUGCGGCCAAGGCUCACCCAAAGUGCUACAAGUGUGAGACAUGCAAUAUAACUUUCAGAUCUCACCAGGCUUUGGGUGGGCAUACAGCUAGUCACAAUUUCAAAAACAAGAAGAUUGCCCAAGAAGAAGAAGCUGAAAAUGGUGGUGACGCUACUGAUCAUAAGAUCCAUCAACAAAGAAUCUUUGAAUGCGAGUUCUGUGAUAGGGUGUUUCAAUCGGGUCAAGCACUGGGUGGCCAUAAGAAAAUUCAUUUUGGUUACUCACCAUCGGUUACUCAUAAUAGGAUUUCCAUUAAGUUUAAGCCUACUGUUCAACCAUUCGAUCUUAAUUUACCACCUUCAGAACAAGAUGACGAUGAAGUUAGCCUAGCUCAGAAUACAGUGCCUCAGCCCUCCAUCUAUGACAAAGCUAUAUGA